AUGCCUCAACCAGCCCCAUUCAGACAAAUCUCCUUCUACGGAAGUAAAGACACAGGCAGGCCCACCGCGCCCGCAGAUGUCCCAAUCGCGCAAAGAAAGGCUCUGUACGAGAAAUUCCAGGCCGGGGUGAUCGAAUGGAACGACGGCAACGCUUUGACCCGCAACAUGAACGAAUGGUUCGUGCCGCUUUUCGUUGAUACGGACCCUCGACAACUCGAUCGUCUCAAGGCCAUCUACUCCGCCAUCAACAAGGCGCUCAUUCAUUUGGUGGACAAUUGGUGGACUGAUGAAGAGGCCGACUUCCCGAAGCGGAUGCCUAUUGAGAAGCAUCAAGAGCAGUUGCUCAGGUGGAUCGGCAGUCGCGAGGAAUCGCACAUGCCGUCCUACGCCGAACGACGAGAUGUUCAAAGACCCGAUUUCCUCAUCGAGCAAAUCGAGGGCCCGAGCGAGCCUGUGGAGCGGCUCAAGAUCUGCGAGAUUAAUGGCCGAUGGCCGUACAACGGUUUCCAUUUGGCGUUCAUGGUGGAGUAUGCGGCGGCGAAGCUGUUUCCCGAGCGGCUGGGGAUGACGUGGGAUCUAGACGAAAAGACGACACAACGCAAGCUCGUCGGCCUGUUCGAUGCGUCGAAGCCGCUUCACAUCAUCAAGGAUGGCGAAAACAACGCCGACAUCUACAUCUUUGCCCGCAAAUACCACGAAAUUACUGGGCAACCGGUGACGAUCAUCGCCCCGGUCGACGUCGUGCUCGCGCCAGAUGCCAGCUCCGAGACUGGCAAGGCGCUCUUCUACCGUAAGGUCGUCAGCAAAGAAGAGAGCGAGUGGGUAGACGUGCAGUUGGAGAGGAUCUACCAAUGUUCCAUCGAACCCCAUCAACCCGAGCAGUCGUACUACGACCUGGAAACCCAUCAACACCUCGCGCGCAUCUGCGUGAACGACAUGCGCACCGCCUUCCUCACAAACGACAAACGCUUGCUGGGAGUCCUCUGGGAGGAGGUCGACUCCCUAGCCCAAAAGCACGUCCUUACCACCGAAGAAGCUGCAACGCUACGCGACGCUCUGAUCCCAACGUAUAACCCAGGCUCAGCCUCGCUGCAGGAAAUCGUGCGCCAAAGCCGGACGAACCCUCUCGCCAAAGACAGGUACAUCAUCAAAGCCAUCCGCGGCGCAGGCGGGCGCGACAUCUACUACGGCGCCGCGCUCUCGCAGGAAGAAUGGCUGGCGUACGUGGAGCCGCUCGCGGCCGCAGACCCCGUCGUUGCUCAGCAAAACUACAUUGUACAAGACGCGCUGCACCAGAUGGAGUACGAUAUUGUGCGCACGAGGGUGUGCGAGGAGGUGGAGAGGUUUUGCCUUGUGGGCACGUUUCAUACGAUUAGUGGGCGGUAUGCGGGGAUGGGCCCGUGGAGGGUCGCGUAUCAGAAGGAGUUCAUUCCGUUGAUAAGCGGGGACAAUAUUAUGAUGGUUAGUGCUGUUCCCGAGGCGGAGUGA